AUGGGUGCCGGAUGCAUCCGUGCUACAGCAGCCGUCUCGUCGGAGCGCUACAAGCUUACGAUUGAGCCGCCGACGGACGGAGACGAUGUUACGGCAGCCACUCCUGCCACACCCAGUGCAGAGCCAUCGGCCGCCGCCAGCCCACCCAGCUCGCCUUGCGGCAGUCGCUCGGUGGGGGAGCUCAAGGCAACUUUGAAGGACAUGGGCUGGAAGCUGCCUGCCAAUGUAGUGGAGAAGAGUGAGCUUUUGGCUUUAGUCGAAGAAGCCGAAAAGCAGAAGGCAGCCAAAGAUGCUGCACGAGCCGCUUCUCCUGCAGGCUUCAAGGAGACAUCAAGUCAGUCUGUGGCGGGAAUGAAGCGUCGGCUGAAAGAGCUCGGUUUCAAGGUGCCAAGCAGCAUCGUGGAAAAGAGCGAGCUCCAAGCACUGCUUGAUGAAGCCGAGCAUCAAGCGAAAGCUUGGCAGACGGGCGCAGGCCGCCCCACAGCACCUCCCAAAGCGACAGCAGCAGUGAAGCUCGGAUCGCAGCUCAGAGACUUGGGCGUUGCCCCGGAGCAAGUUGUGGAGGAGAAGGAGGUUCGAAGUUAUCUCUCCGAGGCAGUACAGCGACAGCCCAAAGUGCAAGCUAUGGCCAACGAGGAAGGAGUGACGCUGACAUGCACUCGCGGGCUGACUGGUGUCGCUGAAAUCCAGGUUCAGGCACAGUCAGAUACCUCUUCCAUCGCUUCGGAAAAUCUCGGGGAGGCCGAGAUUUCGGUGGACCCGGCGACUUUGCAGCGUGGUGACAGCAUCGGGCAUGGAUCCUUUGGCAGCGUGUUCAAGGCCAUGAUCGCCGACUCCGGCGUUGUCAUAGCUGUAAAGGAAGUUUUUAUUGACGUGCAGAGGAAGCCUGAUGAGAAGCUCAAGGUGCAACUAGAGAACGAGAUUGAGGUGAUGCGGAGCUUGAGGCACCCGCACAUCGUCUCUUACUAUGGCUGUCAUUGGGCUGAUGACCACCUCCAAAUGUACCUGGAGUACAUGGCCGGCGGUUCCCUUGCGCAGGUCCUUUCGAAUUUCGGGCCUCUGGAGGAGUCGUUGAUCGCAAGGUACACGCAGCAGCUGCUACUUGGUCUGGAGUAUCUGCACACGCAGAACCCCUACAUCUUGCAUCGUGACAUCAAGGGUGCGAACGUCCUCGUCGGUCUGGACUCCCUGGCGAAGCUGGCAGAUUUCGGGUGCUCCAAGCGAGCCAAGGAAACAACAUCUGUGACCAUCGAAGGCUCCAUUCCAUGGAUGGCGCCUGAGGUCCUGACGCAUUCGCGCUACGGGCGAGCAGGUGACAUCUGGAGCUUCGGAUGCCUGGUGAUUGAGAUGGCGACUGCAGACUCGCCGUGGGGUCACUUCGACAACUUGAUGGCAGCGAUUCUCAAGAUCGGCAUGUCUGGAGAGUUGCCACCGAUCCCGGAUACGGUCUCUGUCAACUGUCGCGGCUUCAUCCGACGCUGCACGCAACAUGAUCCAGGCAAGCGCCUCAGUGCCACUGAGCUCCUGAAUGAAGACUUCGUGCUUGUCGCAGAUGAGGAGGGAGGCCACAAAAAGAAGGAGGAAGCCUCCGCUGCUGCUCAGCCAGCCCCCGCUUGCGAGCGGAUAGAAGAGGAGGAUGCAGAGGAGCUCCUUCCGGUAGGAUGGGAGCGGCACUAUGACCCCAACUGGUCGGCCUGGUAUUACUGGCAUCGCAACAGCGGGCGAUCGCAGUGGGUCCGGCCCAACGAUGACGAAGCAGACGUCGAGGAGGAAAGCACCUCGCAGCGCAGUGGCAAGAGUGGUAAAAGUGGCAAAAGCUCUCAAGGACCGGGACUUCCGCACACUUUGCCAGGGUUCGUGAGUGACGAAUGCUGA